CACGCCACAUUCCUACAGCCCUGUUCAUGGACAAAUCUUCUUUUCUAUGCUCCCCUUGACUUAGCCUGCCGUUUUUUUACUCAUUUCUUUUCCCUUCAAUUGCUCGCCUCCUAUAUACCUCACACAUCUCCAUCGCUAUCCUCUGUCAACCGCUCAGAAAGGUGAAAGAAAAUGGCUCCCUCGGUCCGUUCCACUCGGUCGGACGACCAUGUCGAACCCUCCAUCGACACCAUCAUACCCACAUUCCGAUUCAUGGUCCACCGGAAACUCAGGCGAAAGGCCCAUGGACAAUACAGACGGCACAGCACUCGACGAUAUAUCUUCUCUGCCAUCAUCAUUGCCCUGUUCAUGACUUUGAUAGGCAUUGGUGCACAGCAACUGGAACUCGCCGCCACCUGGCCAGAACUGGCCCUUGUAGUCAUCCUCCUAAUCGUCAUGAGCUAUGUCGUCGUCAAGGUCUCUAUUGUCAUUCGGUGGUGCUUCUACUGGCUAGUCUUAGCAACUCUAGUACUUUUUGCCAUCAACCGCGGGAAGCUUUUUGACGAAUUCAAGGGAAUACCUAAAUCUGAGACAGAUCCCGACGGAAAGAUGGCCUUGGGGACCAAGAUCGUGGUUAUCGUCCUUGCUUUUAUCGAAUGCCUUACACUCCUCAUUGUAUUCCUCAUGCGCGUCGCCUACCCGCGGAUCAUCUUACGCGCAAAAUGGCUCAAUUGCAAGAGAUGGUGGCGGAUCCGAGAAACACCCAAGCCGCUGUCGAUGAGCGCUAAUUACAAGACCGUCAUGUUUUCGUAUCUAUCCUGGGAUCCAGAUGAGUGUCGACUUCAGAGGAGUACUGUUACAUAUGUGGGCGAAUUCGACGAACUGGGACAGCCACAUGGCCUCGGAGAAUGGACAGAUCAUACCUUUACGGGAGAGGCGUUGCAAGGCAUCUGGGAGCAUGGAGUACCCAUCGGUCCAUUCAAGAGUCAGGAGUACGGCACUGGCAAUGCAUUUAGUAGCAUCCGAAUUGGCUAUUGCAAAAAUUCCAUGGAUAAAGAUGAUUCGACAGUAUUUGGUGCCGCCCACGAUCAUAAUGGUGCCUCGUAUGGAGCCGCAGCCGUAGAGUGCUCUAUCUCUGGCAAAUUCUUCCAUCACCUGCCAUAUGUGCGAGUUAUUGGCAAGGGAAUCUUGCGUUCAGAGCUAGAAGGAAAAGCAAAAAGCGAUCUAGAAGCACCAUCGAUUGCCUUGACCUAUCCCCUAUCCUUUCUGUCGACAUUCACAGAGAGUCUUCAGAGUCGCCCCUCGAUCCGUGGCAGCUUUCACGGCACAUCCUCCAAAAAAAGCGUGCCUCUAUCCAAGUCAAUUGUUGUACGCUACUCGGACCGCGGCAUUUUCAUCCCCGGAUAUAUUAGAUAUAGGCGUAGGGUGGAUCCAAAUGAGAUCGUUAUCAGGCGUGUCUGUCCACCGAAACUGGGGGUGGAAGGACAGCAUACGACGCUUGUGGAGAGCAAGGAGGGUGAGGGAGAGCAUUCGAUUUCGCAAACUCAAAUGCCGACGCUGCAGUUGCCGACUCAUCCUGCUAAAGGGAUCAGUACGAACAACAGGAGUGACGAAUCAGACUCAAGUUCUAUCAGUCCAUUGUCUAUCCUGGAUGCACCUGCUAGUCCUACAACCGAAGGACGGAGAUCGCUGGAGAGCGAGAGGGAGCGGAAAAAGAAAUGGCUCAACCAAACGGGACUCAUGAUCGAUGGGUGGAGACAGGUCCUGGAUGUGGAUGGUCGUUCUUCAUCCGCAAUUGCAGCAUCGAGAGCCGGCUACGAGGCGCUUAUAUUUGUGCAUGGAUACAACUGCCCGUUAACAUACGGCGUGGCGCGACUGGGUCAGCUGCUCGCCCUAGGCGAGUUCCCUCCGUACAUCAAACCAUUCGUAUUUAGCUGGCCCUCGUCAACGACACUUGGAUACUUCACCGCAAAAUCGGUCGGAUGCUCAGACGUUGUGGCAAAGGAUCUGCGGCAGUUCAUUGCAGACCUGCGAGAGGCUGGAUUCCGUAGAGUCCAUGUGUUGGCCCACAGCAUGGGCGCACGCAUUGUGUUAUCGGCUCUUCGGAAGGGAUACCUAGAUGGCGUGCUUGCGGAGCGUGAGGUGAUUGCGGUUGAUAGUGAGCCAUCUUUGGUCUCGACAGAGGAUGGUGGUAAGCCGAUGUUGCAGUCCAGGAUGUCCAUCCGAUACCGUGAUUCCAUGCCUGGUCAUGGCUCCGCGUCUGCGAGGCUGCAGGGGACCAGUGCUGCCAAUUUGGGCAGCGAUGACCCUUCCCGACCGAUUCAACUGGCGACGUUUACAUUGCUGAAUCCGGAUGCGGAUCUGGAUAUUUUCCUGGAUGAAGAUUAUUGGACGCUGUCAAAGUACUGUCCCCAUAUUACACUGUACGCGGAUGCGCACGACGGGGCGUUGUUCUGGAGUGAGGUGCUGGGAUGGAAGAAGUCGCUGGGGCGACAUCCUCGGACGCUGGUGUACGGGCCGACGGGUGAGGUAUUGGACGUGGAUGUGAUCGAUACCACGAGUUUGGACGUGAACAUUCAUUCGAUCCGGCACAACUUUUUCAACUUAAACAGGAUGCUGGUCGAUGAUCUAUACGAUGUCGUGGUGCUUGGAAGGAGGGCGAGCGAGCGCGAGGGUCGACUGUCGAGUCGGUGGACGUUUUCAGAGGAAGGGGAGGAGAAUGGCGAAGUAUAUACCUUUCUGUGCGCACCGAGCUAUGUCGUUAAUAAAUGAUUCUCGCAGACGCGAAAUGUUAC